AUGUCUUUUGAAAUUACAUUUUUGGGUGCAUCUGGAGGUCCAAUAGAAGGAAACACUUGUUCAGUACUAUUAAAACCAGCAAAUUUAAGUUAUGAAAAUAUUCUUGAAGAUAAUUUAAAUAAGGAUUUAAUUUGUAUUGAUGCAGGUUGUGGAAUGGGUAAAUUAACUGAAAUAAUUUAUCAAGAAUCAAAAUUUAAAAAGCCAAAUUGUGAUUUAUUAAAUUAUUAUCCUGAUUGUGAAUCAAUUGAUUAUUAUUAUCAUGAAAAUAUUCAAAUAACUACACCUUUUGAAAAAUUCAAUCCUUAUAGAUCAAUUCUACAUACUCAACAAAUAUUCAAUCAUAUGGAGAAUUAUCUUAUAACUCAUUCUCAUUUAGAUCAUGUUUCAGGAUUAAUUAUUAAUUCUGCAGGAUUCAAUAAUAAAUUACUGAAUAAAUUCAUUUAUGGAUCUCAUUGUACUAUAAAUUCAAUACAAAAACAUUUAUUCAAUGGGACAAUAUGGCCAAAUAUGCCUAGUUUCAACAUUGUGAAUUUAAGAUAUAUGGAUAGCAGUCUUAAAUAUUCAACAAGAAUAGGUAAUUAUGAUGUUAGAAUAUUUGAUUUAAGUCAUGGAGAAUUUAACAAAUUAGUCGAAGAAGAAAAAGAACCACCAUCAUCACAUCGACAUCAUCGUAAUAAUUCAUUAUCACCAAGUCAACAACAGUCUAAUAAUAAUUUACUUAGUGUUCCAUCAUUUGGAAUGUCUGAUCAUCCACGACGACGUUCAUCAAUAACUACAAUUCCACCUAAUUCUAAUGGUAUAAUAAUGAAAAAUUCCGAAGCUUUAAAUCAUCAUUAUAUAUCAUCUGCAUUUCUUAUUAAACAUCAAUUACAAUCAAAAUCAAUACUUUUAUUUGGUGAUUUUGAAAGUGAUUUAACUAGCAAAUUAUCAAAAAAUUUAUUAAUUUGGAAAAAUAUUUCAAAUUUAAUAUUAAAUAAUCAAUUAUCUGGUAUUAUUUUAGAAUGUUCAAAUUCAAUUGAAAUUAAUUCUGAUCAAUUAUAUGGUCAUCUUACUCCAAAGUUAUUAAUUCAUGAAUUAAAACAAUUAGAAAAUGAAUGUAAAAAAUUAAAUCCAAAAAUUGAAAAACCUUUAUCUGGAUUAAAUAUAAUUAUUAAUCAUGUUAAGGAACCAAUAUUAGAAUUCGAUGAUGGUAUUGAUAAUGCAGAUGAAAUAGAAUUACAAGAUCCUAGAAAGAAAAUUUUAAUUGAAUUGAAUAAAAUGAAUGAUAUUGAUUGUCAAUUUUCAAUUGCCCUUGGUGGAACUUCAAUUAUUAUUUAG